AUGCGGUGGAGGGCGCUGCUCGGGCUGCUGCUGCUGCUGCUGGGCGGAGGGGAAGCCGCCUUCGGGCCGCUCCGAGGCGUUUGCUGCCUCCUCCUGCUCCUCCCAGUCUCCAUUAAAGAGGCUCCUUUCUCUUCCCUUUCCGCAGGGCAGGCCAUCUGCCGGGGCGGAACCCAGCGUCCGUGCUACAAGAUAGUGUACUUUCACGAUGUGUCGCGCAGGGUGGGCUUUCGGGAGGCCUUUGAGGCAUGCAGAAGAGACGGCGGCCACCUGGUGAGCAUCAAGUCUCAGGCGGAGCAGAGACUGAUAGAGACAAUCAUUGAGCAUCUCUCAGCUUCUGAUGGGGAUUUCUGGAUCGGGUUGACAAGAGAAGAGGACCCCGACAACAGCACGGAGUGCCCAGACCUGUACUCCUGGUCCGAUGGAAGUUCUUCUGCCUUUCGAAACUGGUACAUAGAUGAGCCUUCCUGCGGAAGCGAAAUCUGCGUCGUGAUGUACCACCAGCCCUCAGCGCCUCCCGGGGACGGCGGCCCAUACAUGUUUCAGUGGAACGAUGACAGAUGCAACAUGAAGAACAACUUCAUCUGCAAAUACUCUCUGGAAAAACCAACCGUCGCUUCUGAAACGAACGCCUCUCAAGCAGAUGUCGUAACGGAGCCUUCGAUGCUCGCACCCCCAGAAGAACCCAUUAAAGAAGACGUAAAUAAUAUGACCGUCAAAGAAGCCAAAGAUCCCCUUUGGAGCCUCGCCUACAUCCUGGUACCUAGCGUCCCUGCCUUGCUCCUCCUCUUGGUCACGGUAGCCAUAUUCAGCUUCUGGCUCUGCGCAAGGAGGAGACGAGAGCGAAUGGAAGCCGACAUGAAGGGGCAGGACACCUGGCUCUCUCCCAACAGGCAGAUCAGCCCCAGUCUGGAGAUCUACAACGUCAUUAGGAAACAAUCGGAAGCCGAUCUGGGCGGGACCAGACCAGACAUUAAGAACUCUUCGUUUCGGGGCCGCUUAGGGGACGACGCUCCCGACGACCUCUCUGGAGACUAUGACAAUAUGGCUGUCAAUACCUCAGAAAGCGGCUUUGUGACAUUGGCCAGCACGGAAAGUGGUUUCGUCACCAAUGAUAUCUACGAACUCUGCAAUGACAGAGUAGGGCGAAGCAAAGAGUCCGCUUGGGUCGAAAACGAAAUCUACGGCUACUGAAGAUCAAAUUUGGGGACGCUGACCAAAG